UUUGUUUUUUGUUUGAAAAUGAUUGGAGAGUUCAGAACUUCAAAUUGCAGAUGGAGUUUUUGUUUUGUUGUUGAGUCUACGUGCAUGAUCUCUACUUGUAAUUGUGGUUUUGUUCGUUGAAUACACCAUGGCGUGUUGAAUGGCUGAAUCCGGAUCCAAGGGACGACAAUCAACCAAACAUGCGGGUCACACUGGAUAGAACGAGCUGCUGCUGUCAAACUACAUAAUAUUGGAUAAACCUAGCUAGCAGAUACGAUGGAUAGUAUGGAUUCAGUGGAAUACCUGGCGUCGUCCAAUACAGCAAACGUCACAGCCUAUGAGCCGAGUGAUGCCUUAAAAUAUUCAAUUCUAGCUGUGUGCGUGCUGUCGUUUUUCGGCUCAUCACUGAUUAUCAUCAGUUACAUUCUGUUUAAAACGAUACGUAGUCGUUCCAGGCACAUUCUAGUGUGCCUGUCCGUAGCUGAUCUAGGAGUAGCAGUAAGCAAUGGCACAGGAUUACUUGCCAGUCACUCUCCGAGCAUAUGUCAAGGACAAGCAGCUGCAGCCACAUUCUUUGGCGCGAGUUGCCUUCUGUGGACGAUUGCCCUGGCCGUGUAUCUCUACGCUGCCGUUGUGCUCCAGUGGCAAGUGAUCAAGAAUGUCAGAGUGAUGGUCGUCUUCUACGUCAUCUGCUGGGGCAUUCCACUGGCGGUGACGUGCACUCUUAUAGGCAUGCAGCUGUUAGGUGGCAGGCCCAGCAGUAUCACCGGCUGGCAAGGCUGGUGGUGUGUGCUCAAACCAGGCAUCGGUCACGUCAAGUCCACCGUAUUCAUCUUCCUGGCUAGUGAGCUCUGGGCGUACCUAGCGUACAUCCUCGUGCCCAUUCUCUACUUCCGCACCCGCUUUCACAUCCAGAAGGAGACAAAGGCAGGCGAGCAGUUUGUGACGAGCGGUUCUGUAGUGGCAGUGCAAGCUGUUGAUCGCAAGCUGAUGCUGCUUCCCAUGCUGUUCAUACUGCUACAUAUCUGGUCGUCCAUCAUGACCGUGCGCCAGAUGUACUAUAUGUUCAGUGACGAUGAUGAUCCGCAGAUGGAUCGGCCCAAAACCUGGUACCAGACACUGCACUUUCUGCAGGGAGUGGGUGACUCUGCACAGGGCUUCUGCAAUGGUUUGCUGUUUGUGGUGUUCACGAAGAAGGUACGGCAGCACUACCUGAACAUGCUGCACCGCCAGCGCGACAUCCAGGUGUAUACACCUCCGCAGGCCGCCGGCUGGAAUGCUAGCCCACUGCAGCGAGCUGGAGGCUCUCCCGGUGCUGGCCUGACUGCCAUCUCACCAGCAGCUAAUGAUAGUGGCAUUGCCGAUCCACAUAGCCUCAACUCGUCGGACAGCGAGGCUACUCCGCUGAUUGCACAUCGUCACCAAUGAUAGCGCGGUUACGUCACUGAUAGGCCAUCCAUCAUCACCGAUAAGUGCUGCAUAGCUGACUACUCAUUGCCACCAAUGAUAGUGUACAGUGCAGUAAACAUGUAACUGCUUCCCUAGGAUAGGAUCACUUCGCAGCAGCCUGACAGCUGUCUAAGCUCUAGAACUUUUAUGGGUAUCUGGAGAUCCGGUGCCAACAAGUACGCUUUGCUCUGGCCAAGGACUGUCAUUGGCUGAUUGUUGUUUUUGGUUUCUUUGAGUGCGCAUGUUCACUGACUUGAGACUAGGAGAGGGCUUGAGCGUCGUGUUGAUAGUCUGUCGUCGAAUCUGCGCUAGCACUCUGUGUCUACGGUACCCUGUGUUUGUAUGGUAUGCUUCUUGACUGCUGCUGUGUUUGUGUGUGCGCUGCUGUUGAAGUGCAUAUGCACCUUUCACAUGUUGUGAGUUUGAGCUUGAGUUUUCAAUGUUCGCACCAGAUGACUUUGAGUGGACAGGGGCGGAAUAUUUACUUUACACAGGAUUUCGCGGCUUAGCUGGACAGCGCUUUAUGGAUUUGCUGCUCUAUGAUUGUUGAAGUGUUGACGAUGUUUUGUUUGAUUCUGCACAUGUAUUAUAAAUAAUUAUAUUAUAAUUCUAAGCUUUGCAGCAGUAUGGUAUUGUGUAACAUAAGACUAGGUGUUGGUAGGUUUUCUGCACAUGCGCACUGUUUUAUCAUGCUGUUACACAGCGCCCAUUACCACCAGCAGGUUUCUGGUGUUGUACUCGGCUUUUUGCAUUAGAUUUGCUCCUGGAGGUACACGUGCUCGUCCAUGCUCAGUCUUAGCACUCUAUGCGAUUUUUUCCAUUUUAUCAGUAUUGUGCCUGGCAGUUCUUGGCAGUUCUUUGUCCACUGGCUGCUUUGCUUCUUGUGCUGCUGCUGCUGCUGCCCAAGCAUAUCACUACUAGUUAUAAUAAUUAUCCUGCUACAUA